GGCGCCCUGCUUGGUCUCUGCCGGCUGGCGGUGGCUCCGGGUUCCCCUGCGCUGGUGCUCACCGUCUCAGUCUCUCCGCCCGCACUCGCUCCCGCUCCCGAGCGCGGAGGCGAGCCGUAGCCCGGCGCGGCGGUGGGCGUGUGCGCGCUGAAGGACGCCUCCUCUCGCUCCCGUGUUGCAGGCGGCGGCUGGCGGCUCCGGCUCGGGCAGCAGCGGCGGCUUCCGGAGUCCCGCGGCGAAGAUGCUGAAAGUCACGGUGCCCUCCUGUUCCUCGUCCUGCUCCUCGGUCACCGCCAAUGCCCCAGGGUCUGGGAACCUCGUCCCGGAUUACUGGAUCGACGGCUCCAACCGGGAUGCUCUGAGCAAUUUCUUCGAGGUGGAGUCAGAGCUGGGACGGGGUGCUACAUCCAUUGUGUACAGAUGCAAACAGAAGGGGACCCAGAAGCCCUAUGCUCUCAAAGUGUUAAAGAAAACAGUGGACAAAAAGAUUGUCAGAACUGAGAUAGGAGUUCUGCUGCGCCUGUCACACCCGAACAUCAUAAAACUUAAGGAAAUAUUUGAAACGCCCAUGGAAAUCAGUCUGGUCCUUGAGCUCGUCACGGGAGGAGAGCUGUUUGACAGGAUUGUGGAAAAGGGAUAUUACAGCGAGCGUGAUGCUGCGGACGCUGUGAAGCAAAUCCUGGAGGCUGUGGCUUACCUGCAUGAAAAUGGGAUUGUCCAUCGUGAUCUCAAACCAGAGAAUCUUCUCUAUGCAACUCCAGCCCCAGAUGCACCUCUCAAAAUUGCUGAUUUUGGACUUUCUAAAAUUGUGGAACACCAAGUGCUCAUGAAGACAGUGUGUGGAACCCCGGGGUACUGCGCACCUGAGAUUCUCCGAGGCUGUGCCUAUGGACCGGAAGUGGACAUGUGGUCUGUAGGAAUAAUCACCUACAUCUUACUUUGUGGAUUUGAACCGUUCUAUGACGAAAGAGGCGACCAGUUCAUGUUCAGGAGAAUUCUGAAUUGUGAAUAUUACUUUAUUUCCCCCUGGUGGGAUGAAGUAUCUCUAAAUGCCAAGGACUUGGUCAGAAAACUAAUUGUUUUGGAUCCCAAGAAACGACUGACUACGUUUCAAGCCCUCCAGCACCCGUGGGUCACAGGAAAAGCAGCCAACUUUGUGCACAUGGACACGGCUCAGAAGAAGCUCCAAGAAUUCAAUGCUCGGCGCAAGCUUAAGGCAGCAGUGAAGGCUGUGGUGGCCUCUUCUCGACUGGGAAGUGCCAGCAGCAGCAGCCACAGCAGCAUCCAGGAGAGCCACAAGGCCAGCCCAGAUCCAUCUUCAACCGAGGAUGUUACUGACAGCACAGCUGUUCUGGGAAAGAAGAUGCAAGGAGACCAGGUGGCUGCUGAGGGCACAGCAGCUGAGAUGACAAUGCUGCAGGCCGAGGGGCAGGAGAAGGAUGCAGGUGGGAAAAACAAGGAGGUCUCCAGGAUGGUGAUUCAGGCGCUGGAGGAUGGCUUGAAGACACGUGACCCCACAAUGAAGAGGCGCUCGGUGGAGAAGCUGAAGACUGUGGGGGAAGAAAUGGACCCCAAAGCUGAGGAGGAAAGCCCUGCUGCAGAAGCGCAGGAUGUGAUUCUGCCAGAGUACUAAUCUGGCUUCCUUUAGGUUCAGAGACCAAGCCAAACAUUUGAUGUACUUUGUCCUUCAGCAAGGAAGGUGGGGGAGCAUGACAUGCACUAUUGUGAUUCUGUUUUGAGGUGCAAAAAAAAACCCCAUAUAUACCAGUUGGUAAUCCUAAUUUCAGUGCAUGUGUUUGCUUUAUGAAACAAUGCUGUCUUCUACGGCAUGUAGUGUAGACAUGAGCCCCAUGAGUUAAAUUUGGAGUUUCCAGCAAACAGCACAACACUUUAAAACAAAAGUUCUUAGCCUUUUGGUGGCAUAUAUUUGAAGUGAAAUGGAAAACUAAUUUUUCUUUGAAAGCUUAGGCAUCCCAUACCUCCCAGAAGUCUUCAGAGGUGGCAAUUCCUUUGACCUCAACUCAAAUAAAGACACAUUCCCAUGACUUUCUGAACACUUCCCGUGGGUUCAGCUUGACAUAUAAAAGAUACCUGUAGAGUGGCCAAAACCAUCUGCCACGCUGAGACAUCAAAGCAUGAUGUCUUAGACCACGAGCCCACAGCCCCCUUAAGAGUGUGUAAAGAAUGUCUCAUUUUAUUAAGUAUGCUAUAUAAGAAUUUCCAAAACAUUCAUCAUAAAAUUCUGCCAGUUUACAAUUCUUAGGAUAAUAUUAAACUGUGGUGUUUCUUUCCUUCACCUGCUUUUCACUAAAAUGCCCCAUCAGAUGUAUUAAACCUAGUAAAAAUAAAGAAAUUUAAGUAUAAUGAUAUAUAAUUUAAACUUAGACAUACCAAGAUUAAUUCCUUUUUACUUUUCAUAUAAAUUUGCAUUUGUAAGCUUAUAUAAUAUUUUGCGUAUAAGAACAUUUUUGUGGAUAUACUCUGCAAAUAACAAGUUUCAAGUUCUGGAAAAGCCCAUUUCAGAAAUUGGUGCCAAAAUGUCUGAAUAUAAUAAGAACAAUGCAUUCCAUUGUUAUAUAACUUAUUGCUGAUGUUGUUACAGUAAGAAAAUGUCUGCAGGAGGAUUCUCCCCUCCAGCUGUGUAGACAUUCUGUUCAUGAGUUCAAAAUUCACUAUAACAACUAGUGUCUUUUUUCCUUACAUAGAUGGAAAGAGGGCAUAUUUUAUGAUGAAGAAACUUUCCAUAUCAAGAAAUUCAUAUUGUCUUAAAAAUAAGCAAAAACAAAAAUAAAGUGAAAACAAACCUUAAAACAGACUUCGGGGAGGAUAAAGCAUUAGACCUUAAUUAGCAUGAUACUUUUUUCCUCAGGAUUUCUUUGUUUCAUAGAUAUUACACUAAAUGCAGUAUCAAGUUUCUUGAGUGAAAAUGACCACUUUAUUAAAACAAUUGCUUUACAUUUUUGGUGGGUUUUCUUAAAUUAUAAACAGUAUGACUUCCAAAAUACAAAAUGAGGGCAAAAAAAUGAGCAGCACAGAUUUUUUUUCCAUAAAAUAAUAACUUAAUUUGUUCUGGCUCACAUACAAGCAUUUGCACUGGGAAAUUACAUUAGAUCUGGGGCCUCUCCAGGCUGUUGGGGGCAUCAGCGCUUACACAGAGCUCCAGCAGUCCUGGGGAAGGAGACAAUGGGGGGCUUCUUGUAGUCUGUGAUUUGGGUCCUUGACAGGUGGGUGACUUGAGGUUCAUUAUCUGAGCUUCGGUGAUUAUUAUUCAAUUGAUUUUAAUUAGUAUUUACGCUCUCAUUUUACUUCUCCCCUCUUUAAUCUCCCUCAGAACUCUCCUUUCGAGUGUCAUAAAGGGCUAUUUUAACCUUUAAGAAGGCUUUCUUAAGAUUUCCAUUUAAGAAGAACAAUUUCCUAGUGUGAUUUUCCUCAUCAGACUUAACAUAUGUAUGGCAAGUGUUCCAUAUUUGGAAAGAGUAAGGGUCUUGAUAGAAGGUGUAAUUAGACUAUCAGAACACAUAUAGCAUCACUCAGCCCCAGUCCAGGUCUGUCUUCAUUCCAACAUGGCCUGAACGCUUUGGAUGACCCUGUGAGCUUUAAGAAGAGCAUUACAUAUGCCAAGCCCUUGAGUGUUUUAGAAUUCAGUCAUUUAAAUGAUUGCACCUUACCCCUUCUUGGUGAUACUCAAGAGUGUUAGGCUAAUUCUUCCUCUUUUGCAACCUAUAUACUUUAUUAGCUAAGUAUCACUAGCACCUUUCUGUUGUAACUUGUAUGCUAAAGAUGGUCCUCAUGCUUCCAAAGAACUAAGUCCAUUCACGAGGAAACAAGUCAAAUAUUUCAGUCAAAUCAUGCAAACGUUUAAUAGAAAUAUCAUCUAAGAAUAAUUGUUUUACACAGUCAACAUUUAUAUUGCUUGUUAAGAUUAAAUAUCUAUCUGAAAGAUUAUUGGAACUAAAGGAAUACAAUCUUAAUUUGAAAGAACACUUUCUAAUAUCACUCUUAGUUUAUAAUGUAGUCACAAAACUAAGUAAUUUUUAAAAUUUCAGCAAAGAAAGACUAAAUUAAAAUUUGCAUUUAAAAGAUGACAGCUACAAGGUGGGAAGUGGUGGUACAUGCCUUUGAUCCCAGAACUCAGGAGGCAGAGGCAGAUGGAUCUCUGGGUCUGAGGCCAGUCGGGUUUACAGAGCAAGCUCCAGGACAGCUAGUGCUACAUAGAGAAAUUACCUCGAGAAGUCCAAAACAGAGAGAGAGAGAGAAUGAGGAGAGACAUAGAGAAAAAGAGACGGAGACAGAGAGGACAGUUAAAUUCAUUAUUGGUUUUUAUUUCAAGAAGUUUAAGUGCAUAGCAUAAUUUGGUUCUUUUAUCAUAGAGGACAAUCUUCAAUUAUUUCCCCCACUCAGAAAGUCUAACUAUGGUUCCAGUGGGUUUCUCAAACUGUUAGCUCUUUGUACAAUAGCAUAAAAAUAAGAGAUUAGAACAGAAUAGUUUUAAAAUUAUCGUCUAUAAUAAGUGCUUAUAUUAAAAAGUUUAAUGUAAAUAUAAGCUAUACAUGUAACAGAAAAAUUCUGAGACAAGGUUUUAUUUAUCCAAGGCUGGUCUUGAACUCACUAUGUAGCCCAGACUGAUCUCAAACUCACAGUGAUCCUCCUGCCUCAGUGUCCCAAGAUCUGAGGUUACAGGCAUGUGCCCCCACUCCCACAGCUAUACAGGCAUCUUUAAAUUUUCUAUUAGCUACAUGCUAAAAAGAAAAUAUGAAAUUAUGAUAGUACAUUUUAAUCCAGUAUACACAAAUUAUUACAUCAAAAUUAAAAUUAACGAGAUCAUCUGAGUCACUUUUAUUCUGUUUCUAAAUUAGCAGUCUAAGCCUGUUUACAUCAGGUGGUCAGGAGCCACACUAUGGUGGACACACAGGUCUAAUCUACAACACUCUUCUUUUGAGCAAAGUGAGACUUGACUUUCUAUGGUUAGAUGUGAGCUGACAUUUCCACAUUGCUAGGUUGGUAAGCACCUAAGAUGCUGAUGUUACAGACAUAAAUUCCGAAACAUGUAUCAGGCUACUCCUGAACAUACUUUGUCUUGAGAAGUGUUCCGCAAGCUUACAUCAAAGCAACACUUCCUUAGGCAUUGCCAAAUUGUGUGUGUGUGUGUGUGUGUUUGUGUGUGUUUGUGUGUGUGUGUGUGUGUGUGUGUGUGUGUGUGUGUACUGCCCCAGAGUCCAUCUGGCUUGGGAAUCCUGACUGCAUCUAGAGUCUCCUGAGUACUUCCAUAAAAUCAACAGUAUUCUCACUUAGCAGAAACUACUGUUGCCCCCGUGGCCCCCCACUGAGCAGUCUGUACACAGAAUCCAUUCUCUACACAUCAGGCUAAGCUGGACAUCCUCUUGUUGGAGGCAAUCUUUCUAGAAGCCUCCUGAGAAAUACAUUUGCAUGACGGACAUGUUAUGAGGUGGUGAUUGAUAUGCCAGAUACCCACAAAUGUCCCAGGAUGUGGUCACAGCUCGCACUUGUGGGGUUCUGGCAGAAGGGCCUGAUUAACGCUGUCACUGAACAGACUUUUUAAAAACUUUUGGAAUUUUUUUUUUACAUACUGAUUUUAGAAUAAUUGUCAAUAUCCUGUGGUCAUUUUCAGAUUUAUAAAGAAGCAGCUUGCCUUCUAAAGAGACCUCACCUGCAUACAUUUGA